AAUUGUUCCCGCAACAUCUAUAUUAGAUUGAAGCAAACAAAAGGAGGGCAUCAUCCGUUGCAUUGAGUCUGAUGAAUAGUACUAUUUUUGAAAUUGAUGGAUUUGCAUCUAAAUUCAUAUGUCAGACACAUUCCACAUCCAAUUGGUGGAGUAAGAGAAUAACAGGCGUUGAGACUUAGGAAGUCUAGUCUUGGCUGAGGUUGAGAUCGAGUGGAGAUCCGGCUAACAUAACUGAGUCCAUGAAGUUCAUACAUGACCGAAAACGCCAUGAUCAGAUAAGGGAAAUUAUUGAAGACAUUCAAUGGACUCUUCAGCUCCGAAGCGAAGGAAGACUUCGCCCACGACGAACGUUCCCGUAGACGAUGCGAACAUACCACCGACCUCGAAUGAGCUUGGUCGACCACCUGCGCAACGACAUAGACCGUCUUUCGCGUCGCCGACGAAAGCUAGUCUAGCGCGAUCGAAUCCCGACAUCUUAGAGCGAAGAAGUGCCUCGAGGGCCCCGGAGGUCAGACCAGCGGGAGAUGGUACGGAACAGACCAGUGGUGAGGCGCAAGACGCGCAAUCUACGCCAGCCGAUCAGCCAUGGAGUCCGGUUCGACGCGCUACAGGGGCUAUGGCUUCUAAGCCGCGAAGAACCCCGAACAAACAAUCGGCACAACCAAUGCUACAGCCUUCAGCAGGAAAUCUAGAGUUGAUGAAUCCAUUCAAAGGCCGUGCACUGAGGCGCUCUCCGCCUCCCGGCGAGCCCGUGUCAGAAGAGCCUGAAGUACAAGAAGCAGAAGGACGAGAAAUACAUGAGGAGCCCCAAGGACCGGAGGCAGAGGGGGAAGCAGAAGAACCAGAGGAACCAAUCCAACCCGAAGAGCAAGAAGAACAAGAACAAGAACUCCCCCCUACGCCGACACAGAAGGGGAUAUCCGACCCUGCCUCGGUCAACACCUCUCCUAUGGGAAUUCAUAAUACACCUACAAAACGCCCUAGAAGAAGUAGAGCGUUAGCUGAGAGAAUUAAGAGUUCUCCCCUCAAGCAACCGCCUCUCUUUCCCAAAGGACCUACCAAAGAAUCUUUGCGCGAGGAGUCCCCGUCCCGCGCAGUAGUAAAAUUAAGAACUCUAAGGGAACAACCGCAAAGGAACAAAAAAAGAAAAUCGCAUUCGGCUCGAAACGUUGAAGAGCCGGACCCAUUAGCUGAUAAGAAGACAUUACGAGAUUCGCUGCUCGCUGAAAUUGCUCACUUGAAAUCAGAUUUAGAACUUGCUACUCGUGAGAAUAAUCGCUUACAUCAGUUGCAACAAACAAGGCGGGGUAGUUCGAGGCUAGGAGGCCCAGAAGAUAAAGAUGGUCUUCUCGGUUUAUUACGUCGACACAUCCUACCACCUGAAAAGGAGGCGGCUCCCGAUCCAACACAAGACUGGCUUGAAGCAGCGUUAAAUCCAAUUUCAUUCCUCCCAUUUAGCAAAGCAGACUCUUCGCUUCCAAUCCUAUUUGCUUCGCAGCCAGAAAGGACUGAAAAAGAAGAGACCGAGAAACCUCCAGCCUCGCACCAUCCCAUCGCCAUGACAGCGGAUGAAGAAUUGCCUUAUCUCCAGGUCUUCACGCCCUUGACAUUUACUUCUACCGUGUCGAUAAUACCGCGAGACGAGUCUAUAUAUCCGGGGCCUCUUUCGCAAAAGCAUGUCGUCUCCGUCUCGUCUACGCCUCCCGGAUUAUUCGCCGCUAAGGUUGAAAUGACGGUCAAUACCAAAUCAUUGUCCAUCACCGAAUUGAGUGUACCUCGUAUCGAGCCAUCCGCAGUUUCCGAGCUGGGACCCUUCGUAGAAAAAGUUGUUCAUAGCCCAGGCACCAGCGCGCUGACGAGAAAUGUCAGCAUCAUCACCUGGGCUAUGAGCGAGUGGCUCCGUGUCGCGACGAGGAGAGCACAGUUCUGGUGCGCCGUCGAGAGAGACCUGGGAAGCAGUGAGGGCCUUAUGAAAUGUGCUACGGAGAUGCGAAAAGAUACGAGGAAAAGAGGCUUAGGUCGGCGAGCCGCGGCGGAUGGCAGCGAUGACGAGGAGGACGAGCAGGAACUGGGAACUAAGAAGGCACGCCUCACGAAAACCGAUUUACUUCCUCAAUUGGGUAGGACGAAUCUAGAUCUGGAAUUGUCUGACCCUACCGGCACGGAAGAGGUACCGAGUAUUCGCAUCCAGUGGCGUAUUGAGUUCGACUGGACGGGAGAGGCGCAGAGCAAGAUGGAGUUAUUGCUCAGGGUCCCGGCGAAAUGGCGUGGGCACGAUACGAGAGGUAGCUUGACGAGUAUACCAGGCAUGUUUGAUAAACUAAUCCGGGAGAACAAUGAUCCAAUGGAAGCCCUGAGAACGGUGGUCGCCUUACUAGUCGGCGAGGGGUGAACGCUUGACGCCUAUCCAGUAGGUAAAGAACAACAAUCAAAUGACGUUCUGCGAGUAAGUUGAGCCGUGAACUCAUGGCGGGCUACGUUUCAUGAGCAUAUGACGGGUCUUUAGGAUAGGGAGAGCAAUGCAUCGGACUUCGGACUUCGGACUUCGGAUUUUAUCUGGCAUCAUACAAGAUACCUACCUC